AUGCCAAAGAGAAAGGAAGCUUUUGUUACCAGAGGAACAAGGUCGAGCAGAGGAUUGGACGCUGCUGUGCCAGAGGCAGGAACAACUGGACCGACGGAGAAGGGGGGUGGCCGUGAGCAAGAGCCGGGAAGCAGAGGACGUCUAACUGUUGAUGAUGUCUCUUCCAUUUCAAAGGAAAAAGAUGUGUGGAGAGUUAUUGUGAAGGUGGUGCGGAAGUGGAUGACUCCAAGUUUCGAUCGCUCAAAACUUCCUAAUUCGAUGGAGUUGGUUUUAAUGGAUGCAAAGGGUGAUAGGAUCCAUGACAUAGUGCAAAGGACUCAUGUUUAUAAGUUUAAUCCUUUGUUAGUUGAGGGUCAAGUAUACAUGUUGUCACAUUUCAGUGUUGGUGAUAGCCCUCUGGAUUUUCGUACAAUGACACAUGCUCAUAGAAUAAUCUUUGGGUUUGAUUCGGUUGUUCAAACCCUAACCGACGUUCCCAUCACUAAGAGUCCUUAUUCAUUUGUUUCUGUUUAUGAUAUCAUGUUCAAUGAUCCAGAUCAGACACUGUUAGCCGAUGUGAUAGAGAUCCUUACCGGCCAUAGCGGCGAGCAGGAAUUUGAAAAAAAUCAUCAAGUGCGAAAGAGGAUUACCAUAGAGAUUGAACAAGAAGGAGUGAAAGUUGAGUGUGCAUUUUUUGGAAGCUACGUCCAAGAGCUACUCUCUGUUUUAUCUUCACGCGAUCUGACCGGCGUUGUGGUUUUAAUCCAGUUUGCAAAAAUCAAGCUUUUUAGAGGUCAACAAAUCCUGCAAAAUCCAUAUGGUGCAACGCGGAUCGUCUUUAAUAUUGAGAUUUCUGAAGCUACUGUUGUGAGGGACAAGUUUUUCAAGAUGAAUGAACCUGGAUCUCAGAUUCUUACUCAACUGUCCGGCUCUUCAAAACCUUCCCUUGAUGAAGAGUUCUUAAAACUCUCAGAGAUGAAAACUUUCGAGCAGAUCAGAGCCAUGGAUGAGAAGUCAUGUUGUGUUGUGUUAGGGACCAUCAUACAAAUACCUGAGGGGGAUAAUUGGUGGUACAAAGCUUGCAAGUGCAACAAAAAAGUUAUUUGGGAUGAGAAAAUGUAUAUCUGUGAUAACUUCAAAGUAAAGCAGGGUAAUAACAUUGCUACAUUGGUCAUAUUUGACAAAGAAGCGAGUGCUCUUCUUGAAACUACCUGUGCUGACUUCGUUGAUUCGUCAACAAAGAAUCCUGCUGGCUCUGGCUCUACAACUCCUGCUGAAUUACUUAAGUUGUUGGAAAAGACCAUUCUCUUUACGAUUGAAGUUAGCAACACUUCAAGCUCCAGGUUUGAGCCAUCAUAUCGUGUCAAGAAAAUUUGUGCAGACCCCGACUUAAUUGCUCAAUUCAAGGAAGCUCUCCCUCCUCCUAAUGACGACACUGCUCCAUUGUUGUUGCUAGAAACACCUACAUCUGAUGAGAAUGUUGAAAACGCGAGUUCCAGUUUGGCCAAGAAUCUUAAUGAAGAGUUUGUUAUUGCUGCCAGUGGUGAUGUUGUUGAUCUGGUGACAAACAAUGUUGUUGAUCCUAACAUAGAAAAAGAAGAAGUACCCCCAUGCAAGCGGAGCACUCACUCGGAGAAUGAAGGAGUUGGUUCAACUAAUAAUAAGAAGAAGCUGAUCAAGAAGAUUAAGAAGGAGAAGAAUUGA